UAAGGGGGCAAGUUCGCCUUGAAUCCGUGCAAAAUUAAAUUAGGGCUUUUCCUAUUAAAAGAUAAGAGAUUUCUGUGCUCACAGAAUAACAUUCGUUGCCGCCUCCUAUAGCAGUGUCUGCUCUUCGUAACCGUCACCGUCAACCAUGAUCAUUCCAGAGAAAAACCGCCGCGAGAUCUCGAAGUACCUCUUCCAAGAGGGAGUUUGCUUUGCAAAGAAAGACUUCAAUCUUGCAAAACACCCAAACAUAGAUGUGCCAAAUCUACAGGUUAUUAAGCUGAUGCAGAGCUUCAAGUCAAAGGAGUAUGUUCGUGAAACCUUUGCAUGGAUGCACUACUACUGGUACCUCACCAAUGAUGGUAUUGAGUUCCUGCGAACUUACCUCAAUUUACCAUCUGAAAUUGUGCCUGCUACGUUGAAGAAGCAAAACAAGCCUGGUGGCAGGCCCAUGGGAGGCCCACCCGGUGAUCGUCCACGUGGUCCAUCUCGCUUUGAUGGAGAGAGGAGAUUUGGUGGUGAUCGGGAUGGAUACCGUGGAGGACCCCGUGGACCUGGUGGUGAUUUUGGUGACAAGGGUGGAGCUCCUGCUGAUUAUCGACCUACCUAUGGGGGCAGCAGUGGAAGACCUGGCUUUGGCCGUGGUGCAGGUGGUUUUGGUGCAGGGCCUGCUAGCUCAAAUCUCCCUUGAGAUAAUGCUCUCAAGAUUUAAGCUUUUGACAUUUUCAAUUCCGGGCCGGAGUCAAUAUGCUUUGCUGCAAAAAGUUAAUACUAGCGGUUGAUAGAUAUAGUUUAAUGUGGUAGAUUGCUGUUUGGAAUCAUUUCAAAUUUUGCCAUCUUUGCUUUUGCUGAAUUGAAUUUUGGAAGAACUACUGUCGCUUAUUCUAAUGUUCUAUUUUUCGGUU